AUUUAGGAAGGUAAGAAAGGAUGAGAGGGAAGUUUGAAGGAUUUGGAUGGGUGGUGGGGCUAAGGAGAAGUAUAGGGAUGCCAAAGAUUGAGAAGAUUUGGAGGAAUGUGGAUGGGCGGAGGUCGAAUGUUGUGUUGAUUAGGCAUGCGAAUACUGCUUUUAAUGUGGCUUAUGAUAAGAUUAUUGAGACAGCAGGAUUUGGGCCUCAAAUACUCGAACUUUUUCAUGAUGAGUCUUACAGAGAUGCAUCUUUGUCAGAGAUAGGGAUAAAAGAGUGACAGUAUGCCUCUCAACAUGCACAUCAGCUUGAUAUCGACUUGGUACUAAUGAGUCCAAUGAGGAGAACUCUCCAAACAGCUUAUUACCUGCUGAGAUCCCAUCCAAAUAGAAAGCAAAUCAAAUACAUUGUCCAUCCAAGUCUCCGAGAACUCCUGUAUGGAUACAGUGGAAUGACUCGAAACUGGGGGCACCAGCUUAACAUGGAAUAUCAGUACUAUUUCCCAAAUUUAGACACAAGUUUGAUGGAGAACCAAGAUGGAACUUAUAAUGAGUUAUUCUUCUGUCAAGAUGUGCAGCCUAAGCUUAGCCAGCAAUUUGUUGGGAAAUCUCAGCAGCAAAUAGAAUGCAUCAUCAUGAAAGCUGAGAGAGCUAACUUUCCUGGAAAUGCAGAGGAGCUCGAAUGAGCUAUUAAUAGAUCUUUAAAAGUUAAGAAAUACAUUUCAGACUACCUCAUCACAAGAGACUUUAGUCUUAAUUAUAAGAAAGUAUUGGUAGUUACGCACUCUCUGCUCCUGCAGACAUGGAUAAGUGAUUGGACAAAAAUAGAAAGGCCCUAUAAAGAGUUUCCAAAAGGCACUAAGUGGGCCAAGAACUGAGAGUUUGUUCUUGAUCCAGAAUUUGAUUAA